GUAGUAGGGUGGUGUUAUUAAAAGCAUGAGUAUCUAGAGGAGCGACACAUCGAAUAUCGUUACAGUACAGUGACAGACUUAUCGGGAUUUACUGUCGUGAAAACGGAUUAUUGUACGAUCUUUGGUAAAGAAUACGCAGUGGAAGUAGCAGCAGGUAACUGGGACUGCAAGUGUGAAGAUCCUAAAACAUGGAUACAAUCAAUAAAGAAACAAAUGAAAAUGGAAUCAAUAAAGGACUGAAUGAGACGAGUUCUCUGGAGGAAUUCUACGCCGAUAGUGGGAUCCUUGUGACUGGAGCAACCGGUUUCGUCGGGAAAGGUCUCCUGGAAAAACUGAUCCGCAUGUGUCCUCGCAUUGCUGCCAUUUUUAUACUAAUUCGUCCAAAAACUACCGAAACGAUAGAACAACGAUUUAAGAAGCUCAUAGAUGAUCCCAUUUACGAUAACAUUAAAGUGAAACAUCCCUCAGUUUUGAGCAAAGUUUACCCCGUCAAAGGAGACGUGAGUCUGUCGGAUUUAGGUCUUUCGCGAGAAGAUAGAAAUCUGUUGUUAGAGAAAGUAAAUAUAGUGUUUCACGCCGCGGCCACUGUGAUAUUCAACGAGCCGUUACACGUGGCUGUUAAUGUGAAUACGAAAGGUACCGCUCGUGUCAUCGAGCUUUGGAGCGAACUAAAGCAUCCGAUUAGCUUCGUCCACGUUAGCACAGCUUUUAGUAAUGCUAAUCUACAUGAGAUCGAGGAAAGAGUUUAUACCACGAGCUUGAACCCUUCAGAGGUGAUCGAUAUGUGUGAUAAAUUCGACAAAACGUCGAUCAACCAAAUAGAAAAAAAGAUUUUAAAAACUUAUCCAAACACAUACACAUUCAGUAAGAAUUUAGCAGAGCAGAUUGUAGCAAGCAAGUGUAAAGAUCUGCCAGUUGCGAUAGUGCGGCCAAGCAUAAUUGGUGCCUCUUUGGAAGAACCAUGCCCUGGUUGGCUAGAGAAUAUUUCUGCAAUAACAGGUAUCCUUCUGCUAGUCAGUAGAGGAUGUGCAACAGCAAUAUGGGGUAGGAAAGAUGCAAGAUUAGAUGUAGUGCCCGUCGAUUUCGUAGUUGACACGAUAAUAUGUACUGCAUGGCAUGUCACGCAACAACGUGGUCACGAAGUUAAAGUUUACAACUGCACGAGUAACGCUAACUCUUUUAAGUGGGGUCAGUUGCAACAGCUCGUGUUGAAGUAUAGCAGAGAAACGCCACUGAACGAUACACUAUGGUACCCGGGUUGUCCAAUGAUAGCUAAUAGAUAUAUUUACAACGUCCUGAGUGUAAUCCCGUAUAUUUUGCCUGCUUUCGUCAUAGACAUCUUUUUAAGACUCCGAGGUAGUAAACCAAUAAUGAUGAAACUUCUCAAAAAUGGUCAUAAGCUGUACACAUCGGUAACAUAUUUCACCACGCACGAAUGGACUUUCCAAAGAGAUAAUUGUUCCGACUUAGCGAGGAAAGUAAACAUGUUGAACGACAGCGAUAUGGUCAAACUAGAUUUACGGGAUAUGGAUUGGGAGAAGUAUGUUGCAAUUUACCUCAUGGGAAUUAGGAAAUUUAUUCUAAAACAAGAGUUUAAGUCAACAGCCCGACAACGAUUAUCAAGGUUGUACUGGGUACAUCAGAUCACCAAAACAUCCGGUAUAAUAAUUUUGCUAAGGAUAAUACUAUGUUUAGUGUACUGACUAUUUUACUGUUUUCUCUUCGAACCAAGAACAAUAUGAAUAGAAUUUUAUAAAUGAGGGAUUCAUCAUUCCUUUCAUUUUGUCUUUCCACUCGUUUCAUUUCUAAAUGAAUUCAUUUAUGACAUUGCUUAAUAAGGAUGUAUGUAUUUAUAUACACACGGUUUCUGAUUUAUCAUACAUGACAAUACCUUUACUCCUCGAUGUUUCUAGUACAAUAACAUCUGCGAACGUUAAUACAUCACCUUUAAGUGUUUGUUUAAAGAUGAUUUCUACAUAAAAAUUCUGCGGCAUGUCUUUACGUUAUGCUAAACAACAAAAUAAUUUAUAUAGAGAAAAAUUGUAUUAUUGUAAUAUCGUAGAAUAGCUUUGAUUGGAGAUCGGCUGAAAUUAGAAAACAUCGUGUACGUCGUCUUUUUGUGGUUUGUUUACAUCCAAGAGCGCCUAGUAACAGUGACGCGAGAAAAGAUAAGCAGCGUCAAAACAGAAGUACGGUUUCAUAUUUCAAGGAGUGGCAAUCGAGAGGCCAGAGUAUGUGAGCCGAAAAGUGUGUGUGUGUGUGUGUGUGUGUGUGUGCGUGCGCGCGCGCGCGCGUGCGUGUGAGAGAAGACGAGAGCAAGAGCGAGCACGACCGAGCAGGAAUGCAUUGGCGAGGGUCAGAGUUGAUCGAGACGUCGAAGCAUAGAGUCGGUAGAAUUGAGUUGCGAGUGUUGUCGAGUGUUAGAGUUGCUAGUGAGAGAGAGAGAGAGAGAGAGAGAGAGAGAGAGAGUUAUCAAAUAGUUGUCAAGUUAUUUGAUGUAAAUACGAGCGUUGCAUUUAGUUUUCCUGUUAAUCAAACAUCGUUUCUCUGUCUCACUAAUAUCUGUAUUUUCAAUCCAUUAUUAAUAAAUUAUAAUUAAUCGGACAAAAUUACACCUUUAAUAUAUUCCGAUAUUACAAUAUUUACUACUAAUAAUUUCUAUAUUAAAUCUGUUCACUGAAAAUAAAUAUUAUUCCGUAUAA